AUGAGCAAGGCAUACGACCGGGUAGAAUGGGAUUUCUUGAGAGCUGUGAUGGUGAAAAUGGGUUUUAAUGAGAGAUGGAUCAGGCUGGUGAUGGGCUGUGUGUCAUCAGUUUCAUACUCAAUUCUUAUCAAUGGAUCUCCCCAAGACUUCUUCAAACCUUCUAGAGGAAUUAGACAAAGGGACCUAUUGUCACCCUAUUUUUUCAUCUUGGUGGCAGAGGUACUCAGUAAUCUCCUCAAUCAUGCUGAAAGGGUAAAGAGAAUACAUGGUUAUCCUAUAGGCAGAGGCCAGAUCAUCAUUAAUCACUUGUUUUUUGCAGAUGACAGUUUACUAUUCUGUAGAGCAAAGGCAGAGGAGUGGGCCACCAUCCACGAUUUGCUUAGUCUUUAUGAGAGGGCCUCGGGUCAGCAGCUAAACAAAGGUAAAACUGCUAUUUAUUUUAGUGCUAAUACCCGAAAAGAAGCUAGAGAUUUCAUCUUGAGCAUUGCUGGUACAAGAGCUACUUCAUUCUAUGAUAAGUAUCUAGGCUUCCUGCUUUAG